AUGUUUAUUUCACUCGUUGUCGUAAUGACUCUCCUUCGAGUUGGCACCAUUUUGGUGCUCGCGGCCGUAUUACCACUCGAAGAAGGCUUUUAUGUGCCCGGAGUUGCCCCAUUCGAUUUUAGAGCUGGUGAUUUUAUUGAUGUGAAGGCCAUCAAGUUAACGAGCUCGAGCAACAUUAUGCCUUUCGAAUAUUACUCGGUACCCUUUUGCAAACCAAAGGAUGGAGAUAUUCGAUAUAAAUCGGAGAACCUCGGAGAAGUUAUGCGGGGUGAUCGUAUUGUCAACACUCCAUAUAAGUUCAGUAUGAAGAAAAACGAACAAUGCGCGUCUUUGUGCUCCAAUAAAUUAUCAAAGGAAGAUGUUGAGUUGUUCAGAGAACGAAUUCGUCAAGAAUACUCGGCGCAUAUGAUUGUUGAUAACCUUCCAGUGGCUACUGUGAUUAGUUCUGGAAAAUCAGGAGAUGUAUACUACGAUCUUGGCUAUCGUCUUGGAUGGAUUGAUGAAAAUUCCAAAGUUUAUCUGAACAAUCAUCUUCAAUUCGUUGUUAAAUAUCAUCAGCAUACUCCCGGGCUUUAUAGAGUAGUCGGAUUUGAGGUUCGACCGAAAUCCAUCGCCGUCACAAAAAAUAGUGACUCGACCUGUUCUCUUCCAGAAGAUGGAGGGAAACACGCUGAACUCGGAAAUUCGGAACAGACUGUUGAUUUCUCCUACUCUGUAACAUUCGAGGAGAGUGAUAUCCCAUGGGCAUCUCGAUGGGACGUUUACUUGACGACGAAAGCCGUCGAUAUUCAUUGGUUCAGCAUCUUGAACUCGAUCGUUGUUGUGCUUUCUCUUUCCGGUUUUUUGAGUGUAACUAUCGUGCGAACUGUACGUCGGGACAUCGCUCAGUAUAAUCGGGAUGACGAAGAAGACGAAACCUUGGAAGAAACUGGGUGGAAGCUGGUGCACGGAGAUGUUUUCCGUCCUCCACCCCACCAGAUGAUUCUCGUCAAUAUGGUUGGAACUGGAAUCCAGCUUCUCGGAAUGUCGGCUAUUGUUGUCGUUUGUGCAAUGCUUGGAAUGCUAUCUCCAGCAUCUCGUGGAUCACUCAUGUCUGCAGCUGUCUUCCUUUUCUGUUUCAUGGGUCUGAUUUCCGGAUACCAUGCCGGUCGCCUCUACAAAACGAUGAAAGGACGUAACCCAAUUCGGUGCGCUGUCCAAACUGCCACCCUUUUCCCAUCGCUGAUUCUCGGAGCUGGUUUCUUGUUGAACUUCUUUUUGAUCGGAAAACAUUCAUCUGGAGCAGUUCCAUUCGGUACAAUGAUCGCUCUUCUGAUUAUGUGGUUCUGUAUCGACAUGCCACUUAUAUUCCUUGGUUUCUAUUUUGGCUAUCGCAAACAACCGUACACCCACCCAGUUCGCACCAACCAAAUUCCUCGUCAAGUUCCUGAACAACCAUGGUAUCUCCGCCUUAUUCCGAGUUCCCUGAUUGCCGGUGUUCUACCGUUUGGAGCUAUGUUCAUUGAAUUGUUCUUCAUUUUCAAUGUGAGUUUCGAGAAAAAAAGUAAUCUCUGGCAAAGUGUUUUUCAGGCUAUCUGGGAGAAUCAGUUUUAUUACCUGUUUGGUUUCCUUUUCAUUGUUUCAAUCAUCUUGGCCAUAUCGACUGCUCAGAUCUCUGUUGUAGCUACUUAUUUCUCUCUUUGCGCCGAAAAUUAUCGUUGGUGGUGGAGAUCUUUUGUCAUCUCUGGAGGAUCUUCAUUUUAUGUCAUGGCGUACGCAGUGUUCUAUUACAACACUAAAUUGACGAUUGAAGGAUUCGUGCCAACUGUUCUCUACUUUGGAUAUUCGUCUUUAAUUGCGCUUACGUUCUUCUUCAUGACAGGAACGAUUGGAUUCUACGCUUCACAUUUCUUCCUCACCAAGAUUUAUGCUGCUGUGAAAAUCGAUUAA